AUGAAAAGCAAUCCAGUACCAUACAAUUCGGUGGACUACAUGAGUACCGUAUCCAAGAGCAGUUUGGCUAUAUGGACGGCUACAAUUGGGUCGGGUCUGGUGAUUGUUGGUUCACUUUUGACAAUCGGAAUAUUGUUUCAGGACAUUUACAAUUUGAAGGUUGAAAUUAUGGCUGAAAUGAAGGAGUUUCAGGUGGGUUACUGUAAUUUUUGUAGUGUGCACACAUUUAAAAUUAUUUUGAAAUGGCAGUUUUUCUGCACUUCAUUUCAAAAUGGUAAUGUUUGUGGUAAAAAGAUUUACAAUUACUUUUAAAAUUAUGUUUAUAACGCUAUAAGGUAUUGUAUGUCUACGUCAAUAUUACAGAACUACGCCAACGAUGCCUGGAAUGAGAUGAUAUUCCUUCAAGGCCAGAUUCCAAGUCAAUUCAGUGCUACACAUCAGUUCACUGAGAAUCCCUUCAAAUCGCUGUUCCAUCGGCAGAAAAGAGGUGGCCAUUAUGCUCAACCACGACCAGCUUCAUCGUAUGGAGGAGCUCCGCAGUGCAGUGAGUACAACAUACGACUUUAUAGUACUUUAAUUACUGAACCAGUCAAUGAAAAUCAUUUUUUAAACAUUAUAUUGACAUAGUUUUGUAUGUUAACGUUAAACAUUUUUAGACUGCGCAAAAAGAGCUCACAACUGUCCACUUGGACCACCAGGCCCGCCUGGCUCACCUGGAAUUCCUGGAGGUAUGUUAAACAAACUACACAUAUUAUACCUAAAAAUUUACAUCUUACAUCUAAAAUAUAAUAAUUCAGUCAUUUUUUAUCAUAAAACUUUUCAGAUGACGGCUACCGAGGCUCGGACGGACGUCCAGGUGCACCAGGAGUAUCACUAACCACAAACACCGGCUACAAUGGCUGUAUCAAAUGCCCAAUGGGACCACCAGGACCACCUGGCCAAAUGGGCGGUAUGGGACAACCAGGUCCACCUGGUAUGCCAGGAAUCCCAGGAAACGGCGGUAGUCCCGGAGCACCAGGCAUAAUGGGACCACCUGGCGAUAUAGGAGCACCAGGCAGUCCGGGUUCGGAUGGUAGACCUGGAGCACCUGGCCAAAACGGAAGUCGUAUCAAAUGUUUGCCUGGUCCACCAGGUCCUCGGGGAUCGGCCGGUCCUAUGGGACAGUCUGGAGCUCCUGGACAAGCUGGAGGAAUGGGUACGAUGGGACCGCCUGGACCUAUGGGACCACCUGGAAGUUCUGGUCAACCUGGUUCACCUGGAGUGCCUGGUUUGGUAAGGGAACUUUUAAAUUGUGUUUUUUGGUUAAGAAGGGGGGCUUGAACUGACUAGCGAUUUGUUAUUUAAAAAUUUUGAAUUUUAGCUUGGACCAAUGGGAAUACCUGGAAGCGACGCUGCUUACUGUCCUUGCCCACCUCGAGGCGCCGCUCCUUAUCACAAAGCUUGA